ACCACAACCGAAUUUAUUGAAACAGAACUUGACUUUAAUCUUUCAUUGCAGCUAGGCUACUGUGCUCGUCGAUCGUGGAAACCAUUGCGCUUAGUUCCUUGAUUUUGUCUCGAAUCCGUCAGUGAUUUAAGGAGUUUAAGACAAUUUGGUCGUUUCAACAAAUCGGUUAACGAUGGGAAAUAAUUUCUUUACAUUUUUAGUAGGAAUUGUGGUGGUGACAUUCUUCAUUAUCGACCAAAUAUCUGUCAUUGCAGCAGCUGACGUUUCAGUGGAUAACAAUUUUGAAAACGGAGAAGUAUCACCGUGGAUUGACGAAUCAAAAACCGCUGUUAAAUGGAAAAUCGAGAACAGAACUUCUUCUUCGGAGCCGGAGAAUCUUCCGCUAAGUGGCUCGAAUUAUCUCCGAGUUGAUCGCGGGACUUCACUGUCGUUCGGUGUGGCUAUUCUGCGCAGUCCCGUCUUUAGUCUUUCGACCGGCACCAAGGCCACCUUUUCAUUCUCGUUCUGGAUCCGUUCCAAAUGGCCACAAUUCACAAAUCUCGAGUUAUACUUGGCCAAAAACAGGAAGGAAAGUUUGCUUUUAAAUUUUUACGAGUAUUCCGAUGUCAACAAUCGAGAUUGGCGUCAAUCCGAGACUGUGAAUAUUACAGAUGAUACGAAUUCUGAUUUGACGUUGGUAUUUUACGCUUAUUGUGGAAAUGCCGUGGAAGAUGCUGUUGCCAUCGACGACCUCUACUUUUUCACUGACGCUCUUCUGACUACAGAAACGUCUUCACCUUCCGGAACGGAUUCGACCAGCUCGACAACAACCCCAACCAGCGAAAUAUCGUCGACAUCAACUGACGCAGAAAUGUCAUCAGAAACAUCAGAAAUGACAGCCUCGCCUACAACGAUCGAGACCACCGCUAACGAAAUAAUCACAACAACCCCAGGCGAAAUAAUCACGACAACCUCAGACGAAAUAAUCACGACCACCGAUCCAACUUUCCCGGUAACCGAUCCGAUUAGUACAGAAGAAUCCUCAUGGGGAACAACAGAUUCGACUUUAACGACAACUUUAGCAGAAGAAAAGUGUCUGGAAUUCCUUCAAAAUGACACAUCGGUCCCUUGUUAUACCAUUGGUACCCAAUGCUAUUGCUUUUACAUAGGCAGUUCGCAGCUAACCUGGACAUCAGCGGAUCAGUUUUGUAGGGAUGGAAGCAUGACCUUAUUAACCAUCGAAACUUUAGAGGAAGACCAAUCCAUCUUUGAUCACGUCAAAUCCAUUUCAGAACUACAGAAUACCCUAUAUUGGACUGCUGGAAAAUAUUCUCAAGACAUCGAUGGAUGGGAGUGGGCCUCCAACGAACCUUUUGAGCCAUUUAGUUACGAUAAUUGGGGAGUGGGAGAACCCAAUGGGGACUAUACAACUAAUGAAUACUGCGUCUAUGCAAAUUUAAACCAAAAAAAUUUCGCUGCUGGAUAUUGGUAUGACGACCGAUGUGCUGCACCAGGUUUUAAAUUUAUCUGCGAACAAAAUGACUAAUAGAGCGACCUUGUUUUUAAUUAAAAUUAUGAUGUUUCAUACAUGAAUCGAAAAUGGUGCUGUUGCUAUCAGCUUGAUUCUGUAUAGGCCUACUAGUAGUAUUUAUAAAAUAAACUAAAG